UCAACACUACAACCCAGGAAGGUCUGGUGUUUAAUCAGUGUCUGAGUCCUCUCCACGUUCUCUCUCCGCUAGAAUAACGGGUCGGGUGCAUAGCAGAACUUUAAGCUACUGCGCGCCGGGCUCUGGGCAGGUGUGAAGUGAGGAUACUGUGUGUGUGUGUGUGUGUGUGUGUGUGCAGGCACACGUGAGUGCGUGUGUGUGAAUGAUGAGGUGUGUGUUGUGGUGACAGGGUGUUCUGUGAUGUCAGACGACAGCAGAACAUUGUCCUGGAGGGGGGUGGCACCCUGCGGCAAGUUAAAGCCAGAGGACGCUUCCCAGGCGACGGUUGCUGGGGAAGGCGGUUUGAUGAAGAUCAUCAAAGUGUGUUUCACCAGCAACAGUGCGAACCUGGGGAAAAACUUCAAACUGGUCCGCUGUCAUGAGGGGAUGACAAUACGGGGUGUCAUAGCUGCCGUGUUGUCCAGUGGUUGUGUUGGUCCAGACAUAAAGAACUCCCUCUGCUAUGGCCUUCUCCUGAAACACCUGAAGUCACCUGAGAUCCAUUGGCUGCACCUCGACCUCACCGUGGCAGAACUGCAGCUACGCUAUGAGCAGCAGCACCUGGAGGCGGAGUGGAGAUAUGACCUGCGUAUCAGGUACAUUCCUGCAGACUUCAUUGACAAGUUUAAAGAGGACAGAACCACACUGCUGUACUUCUACCAGCAGGUGAGAAGUGACUACAUGCAUCAUUUUGCCAGUAAAGUGAGUGAUGGGAUGGCCCUGCAGUUAGGCUGUCUGGAGAUCAGGAGGUUCUAUAAAGACAUGAACCCUAACGGACUGGAGAAGAAGUCCAACUUUGAACUUUUAGAGAAGGAUGUGGGAUUGCAUCUGUUUUUCCCCAGGGAGUUGAUUGACAGCAUGAAGCCGAAGGUACUGCGUAAGAUGAUCCAGCAGACAUUUCAGAGGUACUCCUGUUUAAAAGAAGAGCAGUGUGUCGUAAAGUUCUUCACCACACUUGCAGACUGCUAUGACUACACACAGGAGAGCUAUAGCUGUCAACUGGUGCAAGGCUGGAGUCUGGCAGUAGACCUGGUCAUUGGGCCUGAGGGAAUCUGCCAGCGGACAGAUAAAACAUCUGUGCCUGUCUGUCUGGCCAGUUUCUCUCAGGUAUGCGGUAUCAGGUUGUCUCAACAGAACGAUGGCCAUGUGCUGCUCAUUGUUGACAUAAAGGGAGCCAAGCAGCCUCUGUCGGUGACCAUGGAUUGUUUGGCCACAGCCGAGAACAUGGCCGACCUCAUAGACGGCUACUGUCGACUGGAGACCACCAGCGAGACCUCCCUCAUCAUCAACGCUAACAGAGACAGAGACAACAGGAACACUCUACCUCCCAUUCCUACUGACAGUAAAGAUGUCCCCGGGAAGAGUAAAGAAAGGAAAGAUAUCGGUUCAGAUAUCUACGCUGAAAUCCCUGAAGAGAAGUCAGACUCUGGGAGGGACUACAGUCUUGACAGAAAUGACAUUGUCCUUGGGCGUAUCUUGGGUGAGGGCUUCUUCGGAGAGGUGCAUGACGGGGUCUACAAAAGCCCGACAGGGGAACGCGUGCGUGUUGCAGUGAAGACAUGCAAGGACUGUACUGAUGACGUGAAGGACAAAUUCAUGAGUGAAGCUGUGUUAAUGAAGACUCUAAAUCAUCCUCACAUUGUGCGUCUGAUUGGGGUCAUCGAGGUGGACCCGGUGUGGAUUGUUAUGGAACUGUACACGCACGGAGAGUUGGGGACCUACCUUGUGGAGAAUCAGAGGUAUCUGAACAGUGUGACUCUCAUCCUGUAUAGCCUACAGAUCUGUAAGGCCCUGGCAUACCUGGAGGGGCUCAAUAUGGUGCACAGAGAUAUAGCUGUGAGGAACGUGUUGGUGGCAUCUCAGGAAUGCGUCAAACUGGGAGACUUUGGGCUGUCACGAUACAUAGAGGAAGAAGAAUAUUAUAAAGCCUCAGUGAGCAGGUUACCUAUCAAAUGGAUGGCCCCGGAAUCCAUUAACUUCAGGCGCUUCACCACGGCCAGCGAUGUCUGGAUGUUUGGUGUGUGUGUGUGGGAGGUGAUGUCUCUAGGCCAACAGCCGUUCUUCUGGCUGGAAAACGGACAGGUGAUCAACCACCUGGAGAGCGGUGUCCGCCUGCCCAAGCCCUCCCUCUGCCCGCCCACACUCUACAAUCUCCUCACACACACCUGGAGCUACGAUCCACACACAAGGCCCACCUUCACACAGCUGGUCUGCAAGCUAAGUGAUAUCCAUAGGAUGGAAAAAGAUCAGGAAGGACAAAGAAAGAGAGAACGUGCUCAAAGUGUUACACAAUACAACCUGAAGUCAACUGAGCCCCCACCUAAGCCGGCAAGGAAACAUAGCUUUCAGAGUCACACCUUAGGGCCUUCGAUGAGGAUACAGGACACAUGCGGGGCAGUGGAUGCGAGGUGUACAUGGGAGAGAGAGACAAUGGAGAAGACUCUCCACAGACAGAGACAGGAGAUGCUGAAAGACAGCCAGUGGUUGGAGCUGGAGGAGAAACAUCUGGAUCCAUGCGGGGCAGAGGAUGUGAGGUGUACAUGGGAGAGAGAGACAAUGGAGAAGACUCUCCACAGACAGAAGCAGGAGAUGCUGAAAGACAGACCUUGGCUGGGGCAGGAGGAGAAACAUCUGCCGCAAAAAGAGCCAGCAGACCGGCACAUAGACCCUCCUCCAGAAAAGCCCUCAAGGACCUCCCCAUCACCUCCAGAAAAGCCAUCUAAGACCCAUGCUUCCCCUCCAGAAAGCCCCCCCAAGGCCAAAGACACCCAGCCCGUGGCCACAGCGGAGCUGGACAGGUCAGAUGACCAGGUGUACAUUGGUGUCAUGGCGAUGGUGAGAGAGGUGGUUAAACUGAAGAACGAUGUGAACACACUGUCCCCCUCCGACUACCCCAAUGCUGUCAAGGCGGUUGGCUUAACUCUUCGUAAUCUGAUUCAUAGUGUCGAUGAAGUUCUACCGUCUCUACACGCCGCUGCCCGAACAGAGAUCCAAGGAACAGAGCGCCUACUGAAUAAGGAUCUGGGAGAACUGAUUGCUAAGAUGCGAUUGGUGCAACAGAACUCUGUGACAUCACUGAAGGCGGAGUGUCAGAGGCAGAUGUUGGGUGCCGCCCACACCUUGGCCCUGGACUCGAAGAACCUUCUAGACGCCGUAGACCAGGCUAGGGCUAAAGCUGACCUGGCAAAGCCCUAACAAACACACACAUUUUAGUUUUACUAUCAAGCUGAGGACUGGCAAUGUUGUGCCUCUAAAGGACCUGGUGUGUGUCAUGUCUGAGACUUUUAGGACAAUGAGAUUUGUUUCACACGUAAUUGGCUAAUGUUUUUUUUUGCGCAUCAUAAAGCCCACGGUAUAAUGUCACUGUGGGUAUUGAAGAGUGAGCUAGAUCUGAAUAGCGAAUGUAGUCACAUUUUGUUUUAUUUCGCUAAGACUGAUGUGUUGUAAUGUACCGAUCACGCUACAAGUUAAUUUUAUAAGUAUCCUAGUCACGGUUGUCUUUGAUUGAUAGACUGUGGUUUGUUUGUUUUCAGCAAUGUUCCUAUGACCAGUAUCGAGAUAAAUGUACAAGGUCUGUCAACAUUUAGAAAACAACUCUACAAGCUAUACUUCCUGCUCUGCCACUGUCCUUCCCCUCCACUCUGUUUUUUUUAACCCUCUGACAGCUAGGGUUUUAAAAUCCGCCUGUGACUAUCUUGACAUUUUGGCUUCUAAAAUGGUAAUAUUUUAUAGUAGAAGUAAGUGCUUUAUAUUCUGGGAUUCUGCAGACCCUCAGCUACAUGAAGGAUGCAUUGAAAACACAUUUUCUGAGACACUUACAUGAGUAAUAAUGUGAAAUAAAAAUACAUAUUUUGGUUUUAUUUUUGAAAUAAAAUAGUAAAAUAUAAUAAGUAGCCUGUUUUACAAUACAUUUGUAAACCCCCAGGGGUUCAGAACAACUACAAGUUCAAUGGUUUGGUAUUUAUAACGCACGGGAUUGACACCUGCGUGUCAAUCCCGCGAUAGACCGGAUACUGCUAGCUAGCUAACUUUACAAUAAGCAAUACAUGGUUUUAAAAGACCACGGUAGCUGGAUUUUAUUGGAAUUUUCCUCCCUAGUAAAGUGUGUUCAAAAACAGAUAUAAGAAUGCAUUUCAUAAUUUAAUUUGGACCACAAAAGCUUCAGUACCAAAGCGGCAAAUAAGUAAAUUCUCUUGAUUCGUGCCUUGCUUCCUCCUACUUUAACAGUGGGAAUUUACUUAUUUUUGUAAAAAAAAUGUGUGGCUCGGUUAAGAAGCUUAUUGUUGCGAUCUAGCAAUUUACAGUAAAAUGUAUAGCUACUGAAAUCUAUAGCUCUGAACAUUUAGUAGAACAAACGGCAGCGUCCUUCAUAGAACAAGCAGCUUUAGUGGAAAGUAGAGAAGGCAUGAAGUGUUAAUUUUACUGUUUAGUUUGUUUUGUGAAUUAGUGAAAUGCGAACAUGGCUUUUACCAGUGAGAUUGGUUGUCGUUAUUUUUGGGUGCAUUUCUGGCAGUGGCACCAAGCAAAUUAACAGCGAAAGAGCAUUUUUUGCAUUGGGUUAUAAUUACUAUAGACAAGCACAAAACCCCUCGUGGGCAUGGUCAACGUUGGUGUUUCAGAAAUAACAGUUGUUUAUAAAGUACAUUUUUCAUCUUCUACAAACUAUUGUAUUUUAAGAUUGCCAUUUUGUUAUGGAGGCGAUAUCUACAGUCACAAUGAAUUCUGCAAAUUGUGGUAUUUUACGAAAAGACCAAUACAGCGGAAAUUGAUUAUACCGCUAAUUUCUAAUUUGAUCACUCAAGAUAAAAUAACGAUUUUACCCAAACUUAACCCUAACCUUAAUUUCAAUAACCUAAUCUUAACAUAACCUGAUCUUAACAAACUCUUAAACCUAACUCUAAUUAGAGAAAAUUCGGUCCUGACUCAGAUAGUAAAACACGAACAUGGCGCAUAUACACACUUCAACCAUAAGACAGAUGUUCUUUUUGAUAUUACUUUACUGUGCCUUUUCGAACAAAGUUUUAGAGAUGUUGUACAGAUGUUGAUUAGGACAUUGGGCACAACUUGUUCAAAUGAGAUCUGUAAUUUAUUGUAUGCUGGAUUUUUAUUGUCUUUCUACCUGAGAGACUGAGAGGAAUGGUAAAUAAAGUGUAUUUUACUGUUAA